GGCUGUAUGCACCCUUGGAGCGUACACCCAUUCCAAAGGAUCCUUCGAACAACAGCAGCUCGAAGAGCUCCAACCAUCCCAUUGAACCCGUUCAUAUCGUCCAAUGGCUAUGAACCGUCUCAUGAGCCGUCAAACAGCUCAAUCUCUAUCUUCAACCACUAAGCGAGCGCUUACGAACAAGACUGUACACCCUCCGGAGCGUCGCAUCUUCUCCAAAACUCGCAUUUUCACUACAGCAGCCGUCAUUGCUAGCUGUGCGGCCGCAUAUACGACCUACAGUCGUCCAGAAGCUACCGUGCCCAGCUUCCCAAGCCCUGGCACUCCCUCCUCGGCAACACAACACUUUCCUUUUACCACUUCUGCACCGCAGUUACGGGACAAGGAGCAUCACAUGCUGGAGGUAGACGAAGUCAAGGAAAAACUUAACGCGAACGCCAAUGUUUACAAAGUAGGGCGUGGAAAGGGUGUAUGGAGGUAUGAUGUGGCCCAGAUUGGUGCCAAUGACCCUAUUGAGGAUGAUCUCGCGUUGGUGGUCGUGGAUGCUCCGGUCGGAAAUGGUGACUGGAUGUUCUUCGGUACAUUUGAUGGACACAGCGGGUGGUACACGAGUGACCUGUUGAGGAAGGCGUUGGUGCCCUAUGUCAGCAAGGAGUUGGGUGACCUUUACAAGAAGACCCCUCAGCCUGUCUCCUCUGCAAUCGACCGAGCUAUCAGCAGAGGUUUCACGAAGCUAGACGACGACAUCGUCAUGAAUUCCGUCGCCAGAGUCUUCAAGAACCCGAAAUGGGAUGCUCGCGACGCUCAGGCCAUGCUCCUCCCAGCUUUGUCGGGCGCAUGCGGUAUGCUCUCAUUCUACAACACAGAAACACGUACGCUGAAGGUUGCUUUGGCUGGUGACUGCCGUGCAGUACUCGGUUAUCGUGACGCGACUACAGGACAAUGGAAGACUCGCGCAUUGACGGUUGAUCAACAAGGAUCGAAUCCCGACGAAGAGAAGCGCGUCCGUGCCGAACACCCUGGAGAACCCGACGUCAUCCGCCGCGGCCGUAUGCUCGGUAACCUCGAGCCUUCCCGUGCUUUUGGUGAUGCCAAGUACAAGUGGUCUUUAGAGACCCAGGUUAAGCUGUACAGGGGUGGCUUGGGAAAACCACCUCACCCUCUACUGAAGACCCCGCCAUACGUUACUGCACGGCCGGAGAUCACCACCGUUGAGCUUUCCGAAAACGAGAAGGAUGCCUUCUUGAUCAUGGUUACCGAUGGCCUGACUUGGACACUCAGCAACAACGACAUGGUGGAGUUGGUUGGUACGUGGCUAGACAAACAGAAGCCCAAGUCAUCUCCCGCAACUGAAUCAUCAUGGGUUGCAUCCUUCAGAAAUCCCUUCAGUCGCGCCAAACCAGUCGAGGCUCCCAAGAUUCUCAAUGACCCCAAUGACGAGCGCGGCCGACCUGGGAUCGAGAAGUUGCCUUUCACUUAUGUUGAUGACAAUGCUGCUGUGCACCUCUGCAGAAAUGCGCUCGGAGGCGCCAAAGCGGAAGGACGUUGGGUAGAACAGCUGCUGAGCAUGCCGGCGCCUUUAGCCCGACAAUGGCGUGAUGAUAUGACUGCUACAGUUGUGUUUUUCGGCGAGGGCGAUGGCAAGGUCACGGGAGGGACAGAAAGGGAAGGAGCUGGAAGGGGACACGGCGAGCAAACUUAAUAUACCUUCGAUAGCAGAGUUGACAGCGUUCAGGUCUUUGCAAAGCUUAUGAUAGUGCAGAAAGGAAGAGAUUGACAAGAUCAACUUAUUAAAUUCGCAUUUAUCAGAAA